AGAAAAAUAAAAAAUGUCGCUAUACAAUUUGGUCUGGUCUUAAAAGGGCAACAUUUGUGCUUCUAGAAGAACUUGUAAUUGAUGAAAUGGUGAUUGAAGAAUAUGAUGACGAAAGAAGAAACUAA